AAUUCAGUUGUGUACAAUGUCAUUAUUCGUGGGUUAUGUUCGAGUGGAAACAUGGUAGCUGCUUAUGGGUUCAUGUGUGACAUGGUAAAGAGGGGAGUAAACCCUGAUCUUUUCACUUACAACACUCUCAUAAGCGCCUUGUGCAAAGAGGGAAAGUUUGAUGAGGCGUGUGAUCUGCAUGGUACCAUGCAAAAUGUCGGUGUUGCUCCUGAUCAGAUCUCAUACAAAGUUAUCAUUCAAGGUCUAUGUAUACAAGGAGAUGUGGACAGGGCCAACGAGUUCCUUCUAAGCAUGCUAAAAAGUUCUUUGCUUCCAGAGGUUCUGCUAUGGAAUGUUGUUAUUGAUGGUUAUGGAAGAUGUGGGGAUACUAGCAGUGCUUUAUCUGUCCUAAAUCUAAUGCUUUCUUACGGUGUUAAACCAAAUAUUUACACCAACAAUGCGUUGAUUCAUGGGUAUGUGAAAGGCAAAAGGUUCUUUGACGCAUGGCGGUUCAAGAAUCAAAUGCGAUCUACCGAAAUCCACCCAGAUACUACCACCUAUAAUCUGCUAGUAGGUGCUGCUUGUACAUGGGGUCGCUUGGGGUUGGCGUUUCAGUUGUGUGAUGAAAUGCUGAAAUGGGGAUGUCAACCUGAUAUCAUUACUUAUACUGAGCUGGUUAGAGGGCUCUGUUGGAAGGGUAGAUUGAAGGAGGCCGAAAGCCUUUUGUCGAGAAUGCAAGUAACUGCUGGUAUUACAAUGGAUCAUGUUCCUUUUUUGAUACUAGUAAAGAAAUAUACCAGAUUGCAGCGACCAGAGGAGGCGCAUUUAGUUUACAAAAAGUGGUUAGUGACGAGAAACGGAGGAGUUUCAUGUCCAAGCAUCCUAAAGCACAUGCAUACAGAAGAACAGUAAUGCGUUGGUUCAAUCGAUAAAGAGAGCAAGUUUAUCCUUCCUGAAAGGCCCUUGAUUAAUAGUUUGAUGGACAUCUGAGUUAAGUUCAGUUUCUUUUGAAAACAUAGAAGAUCUGACAUGAGGAACAACAGAACCCGGUUCCAGAUUAAACCAACACAUUACAUGAGGAACAACAGAAUCUUGGUGGAGUCACAAGAAGUCGCUUUGUUACAUGCGAGGAAUCCUCAAAUGGUAUCCCUCUGUUCCUUGUUUUGGGGAACAUUUAAAAUGUUUUCUUCGCAUCUCUCACAAACUAUAGUUACGCUCAGGUUUUGAUGGAUGAUUUGGGAGUUCGGCACUCACAGGGCUGUUUCUUCAAUAACUCCCAAUGUACUUUAUUGUCUGAAACAUCCUUUCAUUACAAUUUACUUGAAAAAUGUGAAUACGUCCCUUGCAAGCAUGAUUUUUGGGUCGAGUACAAGUGUUGUAUUAUGCUUAUUGCAAUACAACUUUAUUAUACUGGUAUAGUUGACACUCA